AUGAAAGUUGAAAGCAAGAACAAUGACCUUAGUGAUCCUUUUGCUGCAUCACAAAUUAUAGGAGAUAAAUUAUUACAGGGUUGGACACUUCUGAAUGAAUGUUGUCACUUGUGCAUGGUUACUCCACUCGUAAAGCAGAAAAGUAAAGAAGAACGUUUCUGUGCAAAAUGUAAUAUAUAUAUCUCAUUUGACAAAUCGAAUGAGAAAGAAACAAAGAAGAUAUGUGAAAAGAAAAAUGAUCAAGGACACAUUAAAAGAGAGUUACCACAUCAUCAGAAUAACCAAGAUUUACACUCACAAGCGGCAAAUCCAAAUGAAUUUGUAGAUGAAGAGAUUGAUGUUGCGAUAUACAGGAAUACCCAUACAGAGAGCUAUGUAAAUAACAAUGCAAGACCAUGUGUUAAUGUACGUGCACAUAAAAAUGCAUAUGUUGAAGAACAGCCUUGUAUUGAAUUCAUCAAGGAAAUAAAAGUGCAGCACGACGAAUUCAAUGAAAUAUUAAACAAAAAUAUUAUUUCCACGGAUGAAAUUGAGAACUUAUUAGAAUACAAAAAUUACAUAAAGGAAAGAUGUGGAUAUGACGUUGGCGAAUGGUUAAACAGUAAAAAAGGUUACAAGCAAGGGAUCGAAACGAGCAUUGAAAAAGUUGAUCCAAAUGACCCAAAUGACUUAAUUAAUAGAAAAAUGGGUACGGACCUGAUGCAAAAUAAAAUGGUUGAAAGAAAUAGAGAACAGUUGAAAAAUGUAUUAAACACGAAUCAUCACGAGAAUGAAGGAGAUAACAGUGAAAAGCGAGAAUAUUUACAUCACAUACAACACACAAAGCAUGAUUUAAAAAUAUCAGAAGAAAAUUAUUUUUCAAAAAAUAAAAUCGAUUCUAAUAAAUAUACCAACUAUGAGAUGGAAUUGUUCAUUCUAAAUAAAACCAAAGAUGUGCUUUUUAAAAAACUGAAUAAAUACAUAGAACAAUUAAAUAAGAGUGAUAUUAAAAGUCAGGAGAAGGAACAAAUUGACCAAGUCAUAACAAUUGUUAACAUAUUAGAAAGAGUGAAUGCAUUAAAGAGAAAUAUUCACCCUGUCAGUUAG